AUGCCGAAGGUAUCCGCUGGAGCAAUAUGGACCGUGUACCUCGUCGUGCUCCUGGACAUGCUGAAUUUUGGCAUUGUCUUCCCACUUUUGCCAUCCAUAGCAGAGCAUUUUGGUGCUGACGCGACAGCCGUUGGCAGUUUGGCCACCGCAUUUUCGGUAGCCCAGGUUGUCUUUACACCUAUACUCGGGCGUGCGUCCGACAGCUUCGGACGCCGGCCCGUGCUUUUGGUCGCAGUCUUUGGAACAAUGGUGUCGACGGCGAUGACAGGCUUUGCAUGGAGUUUUCCGAUGAUCGUCGCUGCCCGCGCCAUCAACGGUGCUAGCGGAGGCACUGUUGGCAUUGCUAAUGCCUACAUUGCCGACGCGACAACUGGCGAGGAGAAGUCUGUUUACAUUUCCUACUUGCAGGCCUGCAAUUCAAUCGGCAUCAUCAUCGGCCCAGCUCUUGGAGGCGUCCUCAGUCACCUGGGCUUUUCCGUGGCCUGCUACGUCUCAGCCGGCCUCUCUGCCAUCAAUCUCGUGGUGGGCAUGGUCUUCCUGACCGAAGCCAAGCCCCGCGGCAACCAGGCCAGAGAAGCAGCUGCAUCCCUGACGGCGGCAGAGGGUGGUGCAGCUCAGGGCGAAGGGGCGACAGGGACGCAGGUGGCAGCCGAAGAAGAUAGAGGAGAGUCUGCUUCGCGGCUGCAGGCCCGGCAAUCAUCAGUCGACACGGGGCUCGACUACAUUCCGUGGUCUGCUGGGCUCCUCUUCGGUGCGGGCUUCCUCUUUAUGCUUGGCUUUGCCUCCUUCGAAAGUGUGACGGGCUACUACCUCAUGGACACCUACUAUGCCAAUGACCCAAACCCCCAAGUUGUCAGUGGUCAGUUUUAUGGUGCGCUUUUCACCGUUGCUGGGGUCACGAUGUUCUUGACUGCCGUUUUUGUGUACAAGCCCUUGUUGAGAAUUUUCGGCGAGAACAUCACCAUCAUUCUCGGGGGCAUUUUCCGAACAUUGGGCUUUGUCGGAAUGGCAUGGGCACCCACUCCAUUCUGGUUCGCUGUCUGUGCUGUCUUCCAAGUUUCGGGCGGCAACCUGAUUUCGCCCACCACAUCGUCGCUUUUGACCACGAUCUGUUCAAAGAAGAUCUACGGCAGGGCCCUUGGAUACCAGCAGGCCUUCCAGUCCAUCGCACGCAUCUUCGCACCCAUGAUAUUCGGGUACCUGUACGACCAUUACGACAAGCGCAUCACCUUUUGGAUCAACGCCGGCACCAACGUCUUGGCGGUGCCGAUGAUCAUCUGCGUACCACGGCCACGUCAGGAGCCAGCCUUCGAGGUCGUGGAUGCAAACGUUACCUGCAUGGAGCGCCAGACCUCCGUUCCACCAUCCCUGGACGGGACCGCGCACCAUCCGACUUUGCGGCGACAAUUAUCUGGCAAGACUGAGCAAGGACCUCUGGCGCCCAGUGGAACCAACAUGCAGACAGUCCAAGAGGCCGAGCCCGGAACCGCAUCUUACACCUCUGAGGCUUAA